AUGACCUCUUCAUCGAAUUCCAAUGUAAUGCAGAACCCUCUACGGUCGCUGCUCGACUUAUACGAAUCAGAUGCUGACAUUGACGUCGACUCAUUCCCCGCAAAAGUUGCGAGCCAUUUUAGCGAGAUCUUCGCGUCGCGCGACGCGUUUAAUGAGAUCCCCGUUCUCGAUUGGUUACGCCCCCCCAAAUACCACUCGGAUCGCUCCUUGGUCCGAUUUCGAGCUAUGAUCCAGGAUACAUCGUCUUCGUCUGAGAUCUACUUGGCCAGACGCAGAAACGGCCAUACGAGUGGCUGGGGGCUCUUCGCGGACACACUCGAUGGGCGCGACGAUGCUGAGAUGGACUACGCGGAUCUGCGCGAAUGCUCUGUACUUUGGGCCGUCAGCAUUCCUGGAGAGAGCGAGUGGUGCACAGACGACUUACCUGGCGAUCACGGUAGCAAGCCGUACGAGCCACAUCAAGAGGCCCGGCCACAUAAAUAUCCUGCAGCAAAUAGUAAGCACAUUGGUGUGCAAGUCAAGGUUUACGAGAAUUCUCGUGCUGCGUUGAUGAAGUCCACUGAAAUGCACAAUUUUGUCGGUGUUCUUACUCACGAGCCCUUACACAGUGAUGUGAACGAUGAACCAAGCAUCCAAGUGCCGACGCUUCACGUCCUAUUCUCCAGGCCCGUGCCGCGCACGAUUAUUCCGCGUUCCUUCCCCCUUCAAUUCCACACUGAUAUCAGAGAAGAACUGAUCUCGUGGAUUGCAGACGAAGCUCUGGCUGGAGACAAAACAGCUGCUGAAUGGGUUUUCCUUUGUGCUCUAGCAAGAGUCCAAUCCAGGACCCCACCUAUCCUCCCUCCUUCACUGACCUUAGCUAAAUUUCCUUCUCACGGAGAUCAACACCCCAUUUUACCUGUGGUCAUCUCACGCAUCUUUCCAACUGUCACUCACAUCCCAUUAUCACUAUCGACGAUCAACACAACCUCGUUCUUCCCUGAAUCCAAGGAUGAAGAUUUGCAUUCUGGCUGGUUGCAGGUCCCACCUGGCAGCGUCGUGCUCAUAUCGGAGGGUGGCAUACGAGAAGGGGGCGUCAACGAAAAGGGCAUCAUGAACAUACGAGCUAUACAGGAAUUGAUGAAUGGGCAGACACUUGACUAUGUCUUCCCGUAUAGUCGAUUCUCGUUCCCUACCGACACGGCUUGUGUCACCGUGUGCGAGGGCAAGAAAAGUGUUUUCUUCCAGACAAGCGUCACAGUCCCGCUUCAGUCACGGUGCCCUGAUGCAGAAAUCAUUCAACACUUAUAUAAAAGCGAGAGCGAGAUUAAGAUGCCUCCAACGGAGCGUUUGGAUGCUUUCAGAGCACUUGUAGGUGGUGCAAAGAUUGGUAGUGUCACCGUUGGCGAGGAUGUUGCUAAGUACAUUCAAGAUGACUUUGUAAAAGAGAGGCAGCAAAGUAGUUCACAAGCCGAGAAAGUGACGUCUGAGAAUCUUAUCCUACGGAUGACUAUCGCAAGGUUACUGGCGCUGUCAUAUCAUUCCCAAGAAGUCACAAUAGCGAUAUGGGAAGAUACAAAGAAGUUGGAAGCAGCGAAGAACGCACGGUUGGCCUCGCUGUGA